AUGGCUUCCGUCGUCGGUAUUGAUUUCGGCAACCUUUCGUCCAAGAUCGGUGUGGCCCGUCACCGUGGUAUCGACAUCAUCACCAACGAGGUGUCGAACCGUCAGACUCCCUCGCUCGUUUCGUUCACCCCCCGCCAGCGUCUCAUCGGCGAGUCGGCCAAGACCGCCGAGACCUCCAACUUCAAGAACACUGUUGGCUCGCUCAAGCGCUUGAUCGGUCGCUCGUUCUCGGACCCCGAGAUCGCCGAGUACGAGAAGAAGUUCAUCAACGCCGAGCUCGUCGACGUUGCUGGCCAGGUCGGCGCCAAGGUCAACUACCUUGGUGAGCCCGCCACCUUCUCCUACUCGCAGCUUGUCGGUACCUACCUUGGCAAGCUCCGUGACACUGCCGCCGCCGAGCUCAAGCAGGCCGUCUCGGACGUUGUCAUUGCCGUCCCCGGCUGGUACACCGAUGCCCAGCGCCGUGCCCUCAUGGACGCUGCCCAGAUUGCCGGCCUCAACCCCCUCCGUCUGAUCAACGACACCACCGCUGUCGCUCUCGGCUACGGUAUCACCAAGGCCGACCUCCCCGAGGACGCUGAGAAGCCCCGCCACGUUGUCUUUGUCGACGUCGGCCACUCGAACUACUCGGUUUCCGUUGUCGCCUUCUCCAAGGGCCAGCUUACCGUCAAGUCGACUGCCUACGACCGCAACUUUGGUGGCCGUGACUUUGACUACGCCCUUGUCCAGCACUUUGCCAAGGAGUUUGACGCCAAGUACAAGGUUGACUGCUUCUCGUCGCCCAAGGCCAUCUUCCGUCUCACCGCUGGUUGCGAGCGCCUCAAGAAGGUUCUCUCUGCCAACGCCGAGGCCGUCAUCAACGUCGAGUCGCUCAUGAACGACGUUGACGCUUCGUCGACCAUGAACCGCGAGCAGUUCGAGGCCCUCAUUGCUCCCCUCCUCAACCGCUUCAACAAGCCCCUCGAGGAGGCCCUUGCCAAGGCCGGCCUUACCGUCGACGAGGUUGACUCGAUCGAGCUUGUCGGUGGCUCUACCCGUAUCCCCGCCAUCAAGGAGCGCAUCCAGGCCUUCUUCGGCGGCCGCCAGCUCUCGUUCACCCUCAACCAGGACGAGGCCAUCGCCCGCGGUGCCACCUUUGCCUGCGCCUCGCUCUCGCCCGUCUUCCGUGUCCGCGAGUUUGCCGUCCACGACAUCACCCCUUACCCCAUCCAGGUUUCGUGGGCCAAGGAGGCCGGCAACCCCGACGAGGACACCGAGCUCGUUGUCUUCCCCGAGGGCAACGCCAUCCCCUCGACCAAGAUCCUCACCUUCUACCGCCAGGGUCCCUUCGAGCUUGACGCCAACUACGCCAAGUCGGAGAACCUCCCCAAGGGCACCAACCCUUACCUCGGCAAGUUCACUGUCAAGGGUGUUGAGAAGACCGCCGCCGGUGACCUCGCCUGUGUCAAGGUCAAGGCCCGUCUCAACCUCCACGGCAUCCUCUCGUUCGAGGGUGCUUACGCCGUCGAGGAGGUCGAGAAGGAGGAGACCGUGACCGUCGGUGAGGGUGAGGACGCUGUCGAGGAGAAGAAGAUUGUCAAGAAGCUCCAGCGCAAGGGCGACUACCAGGUCUCGGCCCAGUACAACUCUCUCCCCCAGAACGUUGUCAACGACUGGCAGGAGGAGGAGGGCAAGAUGCACGCCUCGGACAAGCUCGUCAUGGAGACUGAGGAGCGCAAGAACGCUCUCGAGGAGUACGUCUACGACAUGCGCUCGAAGCUUGAGGACCGCUACAAGCUCUACGUUGUCCCCACCGAGAAGGAGACUCUCCUUACCGGCCUCGCCGAGGCUGAGGACUGGCUCUACACCGAGGAGGGUGAGGACGCCACCAAGUCGGCCUACGUUGCCAAGCUUGACGCCCUCAAGAAGACUGGUGACCAGAUCGCUCUCCGCUGGAGGGAGAACGAGGAGCGCCCCAGGGCCGCUGCCGCCCUCCGUGAGGUCUGCGCCGAGUUCCUGUCCAAGGCCGAGAACGGCGAGGAGCAGUACUCGCACAUCUCGGACGAGGACAAGCAGAAGGUCAUUGAGAAGGCUGCCACCACCAAGGACUGGCUCGAGGGCCAGCUCUUCCGCCAGUCGGAGAAGCCCAAGAACAUCAACCCCGUCAUCACCUCGGAGGAGAUCAACAAGCGCAAGGACGACGUCCAGUACACCUGCGCCUCGAUCAUGAACCGCCCCAAGCCCAGGGCGGCCAAGGUCGAGACCCCCGGUACCGAGACCCCCAAGGAGGAGGAGGUCAAGGAGGACACCAUUGAGGAGAUGGACGUCGACUAG